AGAUCGAAAUUUUCAACGUUCAUCCGUGAGGUGAUAUCAUUUAAAUAAUUUAUUUAAUAACGAUGCAGCGAUUAUUUUACGUUCAGAAAUAUAAAAAUUAUCAUAAAUAAAUCUAUAUAUAUUUAUCUAUAUGUAUAUGUAAUAUAUUUACGAUAUAAAUAUAUGAAUAUUAUUAUAACUAAAUAUCAUGUACUAAAUAUUUCAUUACUGAAAUUUGAUUUUAUUUAUUACACGUAAUAAAUGUGUAAUAAAUAAUUAUUACACAUAUUUAGAUAAAUAUAAAAUAAAGAGCAGAUAAAAUUUACUAAAAUUUCAUAUUUAUAUUAUAUAUAUUUCAACAAAGUAUUAUUACGUUAAUCAAUAGAAAUUCAAAAUUUUAAAUAAUUUAUUUUAAUUUAUUAUUUAUUAAUUAUAUUUAUUAUUUUAAUUUAUUAUUAUUUUAUACAUAUUUUAAAUUAUUAAUUUAUUAAAAAGAAAAAAUAAAAAUAAUUUAAUUUAUGAUUCAUUUUAAUCGUAUAUUAUAUAUUAUAUUAUUUGAUAUAUUUAAUAAUUACUUAUAUUUUUUUAUUAUUUAUUUAUUUUAAUUUAAAUUAUAAAUAAUAUUUUUAUUUUUUUCAGAAUAAAUAUUUUACUUUGUAUAUAUGGCAAAAUAAAUUUUUCAUUAUUGGUGUAUUCUUGCAGAGCUAAAUAUAAACUAACCAAUCAGAUUUAUGACAAUCACUGAAUAUGUAUAAUUUAUUCAUAUAAGAAAAUAAUGCUGUUUUGCUUGCCAUUUUAACUCUAAAGUGUAUUGUCAUUCAGUGUGAGAAGUGUUUGAAAUUUAUUUAAUAAAAAAUAUUGAAAAAAAUGGUUUCUUUAAGUGAAAUUCCAGGAAGAUCUUUAUCAGAUUAUGCGACAGAAGGAGCAAAAAUGAGAAAUUUCAAUCCUUAUGCUGAUAAUGGAGGGAGUGUCAUAGCUCUUGCAGGAGAUAAUUUUUGUGUAAUAGCAGCAGACACGCGUCUCAGUACAGGUUUUUCUAUUUAUACGCGUGAACAACAAAAACUAUUUCCUUUAUCAUCAAAAACUGUUUUGGGUUGCUCAGGUUGUUGGUGUGAUACACUUACUUUAACUAGAAUUUUAUCUGCUCGAAUGCAGAUGUAUGAGCAUGAACAUCAAAAAGAAAUGCCAACACCAGCAGUUGCACAAAUGCUAUCAACAAUGUUAUAUUAUAAACGUUUUUUCCCUUAUUAUGUAAGUAAUAUUCUUGGUGGAUUAGAUGAAAAUGGUAAAGGUUGUGUCUAUAGUUAUGAUCCCAUUGGACACUGUGAAAUAACAAAAUACAGAGCAGGUGGUUCUGCUGGAGCUCUUUUACAGCCUCUCUUGGAUAAUCAGAUUGGGUAUAAGAAUCAAGAAGGUGUUGAAUCUGUUCCUUUGACUCAAGAGAGAGCUGUUGCAAUUAUAAAAGAUGUUUUCACAUCAGCGGCAGAAAGAGAUAUUUACACUGGUGAUUCUAUAUUUAUUAAAAUUAUAACAAGUGAUGGUAUACAAAAUUUUAGUUUUGCAUUGAGAAAAGAUUAAUGAAAUGGAAUAAAAAUAAUGUACUAUUGAAUUUUCAUAUGAAUAAAAUUAACGCUAAAAAAUAA